GCAUGCAAUCACUCUCUCUUUUCACCAGCUAUCCUGAGUGAGCAUCCUCCCAUCCCAUCGAGCGGCAAUUGACUCACACCUUGCACCAGGCAGUAUGAUGACUCGCAUUGCAAUUGUUCUCAUUGUUGCAUCCCUGUAUUUGAGCUACACGGCAGGCUCCGAUGUAGCCUUGGAUUGCUGUCUGUUGACCUCUGAUCAGGUCCUUCCACGCCGGCUUGCAAAAGCAUACACACUGUCUGAUGCUGGAUGCAGCAUCAAGGCCACCAUAUUCACUACAAGGAAAGGAAAGCAUGUGUGUGCCCCUCCACCAGAAAAGAGCAAGUGGGUGCGGAAUCUCAUCUCUUAUCUGGACAGUAAAAAAUCAAGAGGCUCACAGUGAGUGCAGAACAGGAGCACAGAAUGACAAGAGGGACGACUCCAGGCCUUAAGGUGUCCUUCGCCUGGAAGAUGACAUGUCAGUCCAUACGUCUGUUGAGAAAUUCUCUAAAUCGUGUGAAACUAAUGUAGUUCUUAAGCGCAUUGUGUCACCUCCUGGUAUGAAAUUCACCGUAUGAAUAAAGUUCCAUUUGAUUUUAUUUGAUUUUUAUACUGUUUAUACUUAAGCACUUUUUCUUACUUUUUGUUUAUGUUCUCAUGAGUUGUUUCCCAUUGCAUAUGCUUUAAUAUGUCAGUCAUCGAUUUUUUCCCCCUCCAAGGCUCCUUAGUUUUCCAAUGUCCUCUGUUAAAUGUCCCUUAUAUUUCAAGGUAAUCUAUAUGAUGUGUUCUUUUUAAAAUAAAGGUCUCUUUUGUUAUGAA